UUCAAGAGACACGCAUGCGCACAUUUUGUGAACGCAGCCCGCGAAUUUCAAGUUUCGAAUAUUUUUUUUUUGUCGUUUGGUUAUUUUCGUCUAUAAAUUAUAACUUUUAUAUUAUAUAUUGAAUUAAGGUGUAAAAAGUGUUGAUAAAAUGACGAUAGCGGAGAAAAACGUUGAAUUGAAGUCUAGUGAAACUAGACGAAUUGUGAAAAAUGUGGUCGUCAUCAGCUUGGCUUUCAUGGUCCAAUUCACCGCUUAUAGUGGGGCGGCCAACCUUCAGAGUUCAAUAAACGCGGAGGCCGGUCUCGGAACAGCGUCGCUGGCAGCAGUGUAUGCGGGACUUAUAUUCUCAAAUAUUUUCCUUCCUGUGGUUGUUAUCAAAUGGCUUGGCACAAAAUGGGCUAUGUCUCUAUCGUUCGUGGCGUACAUGCCAUACAUCGCGGCUCAACUAUGGCCUUCCUUCUAUACCCUGAUACCGGCUGGUCUGAUCGUUGGUUUGGGCGGAGGGCCACUCUGGUGCUCAAAAUGUACUUAUUUGUCUGUGGUUUCUGAAGCACAUAGCAAAAUAUCAAACAUUUCGGCAGAGGCGUUGUUGACACGUUUCCUUGGGCUUUUCUUUAUGAUAUUCCAGCUAAACCAAGUCUGGGGAAACCUUAUCUCCUCCGUUGUGCUAUCAUCUGGUGACAACCAAGCUGCAGUAACAGCGGUGAACGAAACAUUGAUCCCCGAGCUAUGUGGAGCCAACUUCCUGCCAAGCGCUGAUGCUGGGGAGGCUCUGCUGCCGCAGCCCAUUGAGAAGAUACAGAUGAUUGCUGGUAUUUAUUUAGCAUGUAUGGCCGCAGCAGCACUAAUUAUAGCAAUCGGUGUGGACUCCAUGAAAAGAUAUGACUCAGGCCGUACAGGCUCAGGCUCCAAUUUAUCAGGCAUGGCACUUUUAGCCGUCACUCUGCAACUCUUGGUGGAACCCAACCAGCUAAUGUUGGUCAUCAUAAACAUUUUCAUUGGCAUGCAGCAGGCGUUUUUCGGAGCUGAUUUCACUGCGUCGUUCGUUUCAUGCGCAAUUGGGACAGGCACCGUGGGAUUUGUGAUGCUCACAUUCGGUAUAGCAGAUGCCAUUGGAUGUGUUGUUACUGGAUAUAUUGCUAAGAUAACAGGGCGCAUGCCGUUAAUCUGCGCGGCGACGCUAGUACACUCGGCGCUGUUCGUGACGCUACUGGUGUGGCGGCCACACGCGCAUCAGGCGUACGUCAUGUUCGUGAUCGCCGUGCUGUGGGGCCUGAGCGACUCCGUGUGGAUGGUGCAGCUUAACGCGUACUACGGUAUCCUCUUCCCCGGUAGAGAAGAAGCAGCGUUCUCGAACUUUCGUCUCUGGGAAUCAGUCGGCUACAUCAUAGCGUAUGUGAUAUCGCCUCACCUGAGGACCAGCUCCAAGACUUAUUUACUCGCGGUCAGUAUGGCGGUGGGUGUGUUCUUGUAUUUCGUAGUCGAGUACCGGGACAGGCGGGAAAAGAAGAAAAAUACCGCGAAAGUAAAUGUUGUUAGUAAUAUUGGAUUAGAUAAUAAGGCUUUUACCAUAUCUGAAUAGACUAGGUUAGGACAUUCCAUUUUUUUGAUGUUUAUUGUGAUGUAGAUUUUAUAGUUUUUAAAGUCUUUAUGAGAAAUGUUAGUAACUAU